UGUUCUCUCUGCCACUUGCUGUGAUCACAGGUUGUCAGCUAUGACCAUGUCUCUGUCCUUAUCCUCUUCACGGCUGUCUGGUGGGCUUGGCUAUGGGGGAGGUGGCGGUGCCAGGCUGGGCUUAGGGUUUGGGGGAGGUGCCGGCAUGGGUAUGGGGCUUGGUCUAGGAGGAGGCCUGGGCUUGGGUGGGGGAGCCGGUGGCUUUGGUGGUGGUGGUGGUGGUGGAGCCGGGCUUGCCUACGGUGGCUUUGGUGGUGGAGCCGGGCUUGCCUACGGUGGUGGUGGUGGGGCGCUGAUGGCCAGCCCAGCCUUUGCCAUGGGCCGUACCAUGGCAUCAGGAGGCCUGAGUGCUGCUGGCGCUGCCCUGGCAGUGGGGUCCGCUGCGGGCCCUGCCCUGCCCGCUCUGCUCUCCCGGGCCGCCUCGAAGCACACGCUGUCCGGCCUGAACGACCGCUUCUCCAGCUACAUGGCUAAGGUGCGGGCGCUGCAACAGGAGAACGCGGCCCUGGAGGCCAGGCUGUCCCAGCUGACUGGCGGGGCUGACAUGUCCCCUGAAUCCUCUGCCACUUCUAUCGUGGAGUACGAGGCCCAGCUGAGCGAGUACCGCAACACGCUGGAAACCCUCUCCCUCGACUCCGUCAAGCUGGAGAUCGAGCUGGACAACGUGCGUGGCACAGCCCAUGAACUCAAGGCCAAGUAUGAUUUUGAACAGGGUGUGAAGUUCCAACUUGAGUCUGACAUUUCUUCCAUGAAACAGGAUGUUGAGAUGGCGUCAGAUGUUCGAAUUGAUUUGGAUGCCAAAUACAGCAGCCUGAAAAGCGAACUGGACUUUGUCUCCAAGACACAGGAGGAGGAGCUGUCCUCUCUGCAGACCAAGCUCGGCACAGCAGCCAUGGAUACCUCUGUGUCCAUGAUUGAGGUGGACACGGGCAAGUCCUUUGACAUCGCAACUGCCCUCAACAGCAUUAGGAUGGAGUACGAGAAGUCCGUGCAGCAGCACAGAGAGGAGGCCGAUGCUUAUUACAAAAUCAAGAUGGAUGAGAUGCACACAGAGACGGCUAAGAAUUCAGAAGCAAUCUCCUCAGCCAAGGUGGAGAUUUCGGUGACCAGGAAGGAGAUGCAGGCCCUGAGUCUGGAGCUGCAGAGCCUGGUGUCUAUGAACAUGUCUCUCGAGCAGGGCAUGGCAGAAGCACAUGCUCAGGUCAGUGGGGGUGCCUCUAUGUACCAGGCUCAGACCGCCAGCCUUACCUCUGCCAUUGAGGCAGCGAAGGUAGAUCUCCACAAGCAGAUCCUGGCCUACCAGGAACUGUUGGAUGUCAAGCUAGCCCUGGACGUGGAGAUCUCAACAUACCGCAGCUUACUGGAGGGGGAUGACUUCAAAUUAGCAGACUUCACUGAAACAUCCUACACUUUCGCAGCUGGAAGUAGUAGCAUACAGGUGAAAGAGAUCAUCACAGAGACAUCGGUCAUCUCUGAUGCUGAAGGAUCAGAGUCCUCUUGA